AUGAAAGGGGAAAACCUCACCCAGGUCACUGAGUUCAUCCUCUUGGGGCUCUCCGAGGACCCUGGGGAGCAGCGGCUGCUGUUCCUCCUCUUCCUGAGCAUGUACCUGGUCACAGGGCUGGGGAACCUGCUCAUCAUCCUGGCCAUCAUCACUGAUGCCCGGCUCCACACCCCCAUGUACUUCUUCCUGGCCAACCUGGCCUUCGUGGACAUUUGCUUCACCACCACCACUGUCCCCAAGACGCUGGUGAACCAUGUCACAGGUCACAGGGGGAUCCCGUAUGCCGGCUGCCUCACCCAGACCUUCUUCUUUAUCUGGUUUGCUGGAAUCGACAGCUUCCUGCUGGCCGCCAUGGCCUAUGACCGCUACGAGGCCAUCUGCCACCCCCUGCACUAUGCCACGUCUGUGACCCCGCAGCUCUGCAGCCUCCUGGUGGGGGCAUCCUGGUUCACAGCUUUCGGGAAUGCUCUAACCCACACGGUUUCCCUGAGCCGCCUCUCCUUCUGCACCCACAACAAGGUCCCUCAUUUCUUCUGUGACCUCAGCCCUCUGCUCAAGCUGGCCUGCUCUGACACCUUCCUCAACAACCUCAUGGUGAACACCGUGGGCACCUUGACGGUCAUUGUCCCCUUCGUGGGCAUCCUGGUCUCCUACAGUUGCAUCUUUGGGGCCGUGCUGAGGAUCCCGUCUCGGACAGGCAAGCAGAAGGCCUUCUCCACCUGCGGCUCCCACCUCUCGGUGGUGUCCCUCUUCUAUGGGACCCUCAUUGGGGUGUAUUUUAGCCCCACGUCCUCACACACGGCCCAGAAGGACACGGUGGCUGCGGUGAUGUACACGGUGGUGACCCCCAUGAUGAACCCUUUCAUCUACAGUCUCCGAAACAAGGACAUGAAGGGGGCCCUGAGAGCCCUGGUCACCCGGAGACCGUUGUUUACUCAGUGA